AUGGCAGAGGAGGUGUGCAAGGUGUGCGGCAACCAGAUUGGCGCGAAGUUCUGGGAGGUGAUUGCGGACGAGCACGGCAUUGACCCCACAGGCACCUACCAUGGCGACUCCGACUUGCAGUUGGAGCGGAUCAACGUCUACUUCAACGAGGCAACUGGUGGUCGCUAUGUGCCCCGUGCCGUGCUCAUGGACCUGGAGCCGGGGACCAUGGACAGCGUCCGCGCGGGGCCCUUCGGCCAGCUCUUCCGCCCCGACAACUUUGUCUUCGGACAGACCGGGGCAGGCAACAACUGGGCGAAGGGCCACUACACGGAAGGGGCCGAGCUCAUCGACUCAGUGCUCGACGUGGUGCGAAAGGAGGCCGAGGGCUGCGACUGCCUGCAGGGCUUCCAGCUGUGCCAUUCCCUUGGCGGAGGCACGGGCGCGGGCAUGGGCACCUUGCUGAUCUCCAAGGUGCGCGAGGAGUAUCCAGACAGAAUCAUGGAGACGUUCUCGGUGAUUCCCUCGCCCAAAGUGUCCGACACCGUCGUGGAGCCCUACAAUGCCGUGCUCAGCUUCCAUCAGCUCGUGGAGAACUCUGACGAGUCCUUCCUGCUGGACAACGAGGCGUUGUACGACAUUUGCUUCCGCACGCUGAAGCUGACAACGCCAACUUACGGCGACCUCAACCACUUGGUCUCAGCAGCCAUGUCCGGGGUGACGCUGGCGCGGCACCGGCCAGCGCAGACUGCGACGCAAGAUUGCCGUGAGCUCCCGGGUACCGUUCCCGCGGCUGCACUUCUUCUUGACCGGCUUCGCACCGCUGACCUCCCCGGGUCACAACCAGUGCCAUUGCUCUGA